CGGACGUAGCACUCUUGAGGGAACGAGGGGUGUCAGCUCGUCUUGCCUGUAAAUAAUACCAUUACAGUGGAAGCUGUUUAGUUUCAUUGUUUACAUUUUUAUUUUAUAUUUUAUUUAUUUCUGUUCAGUUGUUUACGUGUGGUUGAGUGUAAGGGACAGUAAACAAGUUGAAGUGUCAAAUGUCAUAAGUUUACUUUUCACAUACCUACACCUCUCACAAAAUACUUGUUGGUUAACAUUGUUAUUGGAUGUUGUGCUAUCGUAAGAUAAACAAAGAAUACGCUUUAGAUAUGACUUCUGCAUAAUUGCAUAACACAUGUAUCAAUUUACCAAAACAGUACAUAUACUAUGAGGACCAGCUGACAAGGUUUUGGUUCUCUCCUGAGCAGCUUCAAAAAACUUAUGCACAAAAAAAAUAAGUAAAAGUUAUUUGUGCAAUCGUAAAGUCAUGGGGCCGGACAGCAAGAGCAACAGAGCUCCUUCGCGCUGGGGCGAGGAUGGCACGAGUGCCGAGGUGACGACCAACAGCCAUGCCUACCCGGUUACCACUAGUCCGGCCAGCAAUAAGCCUACGGAGAGUACCUCGUUGUCGCCCAACUCGAAUCAGACGUACUUCGCCGAGGCCAGGGUCAGGAUACCCGAUGACGACAGUGGCCGGUUUAGUUUUAGAACACUAUGGGCUUUCACGGGACCAGGAUUUUUGAUGUCCAUAGCCUACCUGGAUCCCGGCAACAUAGAAUCAGAUCUACAAUCCGGUGUGAUAGCUAGAUACAAGUUAUUAUGGGUACUGUUGAGCGCCACGGUAUUGGGCCUCGUGAUGCAACGACUGAGCGCUCGGCUCGGUGUAGUGACCGGUCUCCACCUGGCCGAGAUGUGCUACAGGCAAUACAAAAAAGCUCCCAGGCUCGUACUUUGGAUCAUGAUCGAGAUAGCCAUCAUUGGCAGCGACAUGCAGGAGGUCAUAGGCACGGCCAUUGCACUCUAUCUACUUACCGACAAGAGGCUUCCACUGUGGGCUGGAGUCCUGGUCACAGCAAUCGACACGUUCACCUUCUUGUUUCUAGACAAAUACGGUUUGAGGAAGCUCGAGCUCUUCUUCGGCUUUCUUAUAUCCGUGAUGGCGGUGACGUUCGGCUACGAGUACUUUGUGUCGGCGCCUCCGCAGCUGGAAGUCAUCAAAGGUAUGUUCACGCCGUGGUGCGCGAAUUGCGACAGCACCGUUUUGAUUCAAGCGGUCGGCGUCAUCGGUGCCGUCAUUAUGCCCCACAAUUUGUACCUGCACAGUGCACUAGUCAAGUCACGAGACAUCGACCGCGGAAAGCCUAACAAAAUCAAGGAAGCAAACCGGUACUACUUUAUCGAGGCCGCCAUAGCCCUGUUCAUCUCUUUCAUCAUCAACGUCUUCGUGGUCUCGGUUUUCGCGCACGGACUCUACGGAAAAACCAACAAUGACGUGCACCAGCUCUGCGUCGACAACAAGUUCCAGCAAGGAAUCGAUAUAUUCGAGACAAACAACGCGACGAUCGAAGCCGAUCUGUACAAAGGUGGUAUCUAUCUGGGCUGUCAAUUUGGCUUUGCAGCGAUGAUCAUCUGGGCGAUCGGUAUCCUAGCCGCUGGCCAGUCGUCCACCAUGACCGGUACCUACGCCGGCCAAUUCGCCAUGGAGGGCUUCCUGAAUCUCCAGUGGGCCAGAUGGAAGCGAGUCCUCUUCACCCGUACGAUCGCCAUCGUGCCAACCUUUGCGCUUGCCUUUUUCGCCAACAUCAACGACCUCACCGGUAUGAAUGACUUACUCAACGCGGUUAUGAGUCUGCAGCUUCCAUUUGCCGCGCUGCCGACCAUCGCUUUUACGAGCAGCGUCACUAUAAUGGGAGAAUUCAAGAAUCGAUUAUUUACCAAUAUUAUCGCUACGGCAUUGUCGUUGCUCGUCAUAUCGAUAAACGUGUAUUUCGUCUACGACACAGUGUCUAGUAAAAUCCAGUAUGAUACGAGCUACAAACUUGAAAUCAUAGCAACGAUAAUCAUCUUUGCCAUUUUGUACUUGAUGUUUUGCUUUUACCUCUGCAUUCACAUGGCAAUCAGCAUGGGAGCAACUUCUCUGAACAACGUUCCGAUUAUUGCCAAGUAUGUUGGUGGGCCGAUUGAACCAACUUUUGGAUUGUCAAGUCCGAUUGCUUAUGCGAGAAAAAAUUCAGCAUACACCAGUGACAAUAGUGUGGCCGGAAGAUACAACGCGAGUGAUACCGUUUUCACGUUGACGUGAUUACGUGAAUCAUCAGUGUUUCUAUUGUUGUAUUUGUAUAUUCGUGUUACAGCGGUUGUAAAAAUGAUUCAAGAAAAAAAAAACAAACCUAUUUUUAUUACGUACAAUAAGUUAUAUUAUAAUAAAUGCAUAAUUUAAUACUAAGAUUGUUGUGUACAGUAAAUAAGAUGAGGAUUUUUUGCCAUGAAUUCGAGGUAGUGGUAAAUCCAAACAAAAACAGCGUGAGGUAUGAUUAUGUAAUCAGAAACAUUUUUGUUUUUUGUAAAAUAAAUACAGAUAUUUUGCUCAUAAAAA